AUGUCUGCCCCAGCUGAUAAGUGGUACAAGGCUCAUGACGACCCGGUUGCAAAGAAGACCAGAAAGACUGUCAGACCACAGAAGCUCAGAAAGUCUUUGGUUCCAGGCACAGUGUUGAUCUUGUUAGCAGGUCGUUUCAGAGGUAGAAGAGUUGUCUACUUGAAGCCUUUAGAGGAUAGCACUUUGUUAAUCUCCGGACCUUUCAAGAUCAAUGGUGUUCCUUUGAGAAGAGUCAACGCUAGAUAUGUCAUUGCCACCUCUACCAACGUUUCGUUGGAGGGACUUGGCUUGGACAAAUUCAACGUCACUUACUUUGCCAGAGAGAAGAAGUCUUCUGCCAAGAAGUCCGAGAAGGAUUUCUUCAACGAGGCUGGUGCCAAGAAAGUUAUUAAGGCUGAAAGAAUUGAGGACCAGAAGGUUGUCGAUAAGUUCUUGAUCACUGAGAUCAAGAAGACUCCAUUGUUAAAGCAAUAUUUGGCUUCUUCUUUCUCUUUGAAGAACGGUGACAAGCCUCACUCCAUGAAGUUCUAA